AUGGCUAAGUCACACCUUGGCCCAGGACUGCUGCCUCCUCCCCCGCCCCCACCCCCACCCCAGUACUGGGGCUUGACCCUUGGGCUGGCAUACGUUUCUAUCAACUGCGGGGUUACCUCUUGCGGCCCGUCCCAGUUCUUUUCUGGAAGUAAACCUAAGGCUCAUCAGAGCCGAGGUCGCCUCCGCCAGCUGACGGGUGUGCUGGGGAUCAUCAAACCGAGGGAGGGCUUCAGGCAAGCGUGCUCCGCUAAUGAGGCUGCAUCCCCUGCGUCCUUGGCUGGUGUUUCGGGUGAUGGGAAAGGAAAGGAGACGACCCGCUCGCACCCACACUCGACCGCCCUAGGAGAAGAAAAGCUCGCACUCCGGAAGCGGCGCGCGGGUGCAGCGAUGGCGGUGGCGGCGGCCGAGGUGGCCGCGGCCGAGCCGUGGCCGGAGCUGGAGCUGGCGGAGCGCGAGCGGCGUCGCGAGCUGCUGCUGACCGGGCCCGGGCUGGAGGAGCGGGUGAAGGCGGCGGGGGGACGGCUGCCGCCGCGGCUCUUCACGCUGCCGCUGCUGCACUACCUGGAGGUUAGCGGCUGCAGCAGCCUGCGCGCCCCGGGGCCUGGCCUGGCGCAGGGCCUGCCGCAGCUGCACAGCCUGGUGCUGCGGCGCAACGCGCUGGGGCCCGGGCUGAGCCCGGAGCUGGGCCCGCUGCCGGCGCUGCGCGUGCUCGACCUGUCGGGCAACGCGCUGGAGGCGCUGCCGCCCGGCGAGGGCCUGGGCCCCGCCGAGCCUCCCGGUCUGCCCCAGCUGCAGAGCCUCAACCUCAGCGGCAACCGCCUGCGCGAGCUGCCCGCCGACCUGGCGCGCUGCGCCCCUCGCCUGCAGACCCUCAACCUCACCGGCAACUGCCUGGACGCCUUCCCCGCCGAGCUCUUCCGGCCCGGAGCUCUGCCCCUGCUCAGUGAGCUGGCGGCCGCCGACAACCGCCUGCGGGAGCUCAGCCGGGACAUCGCGCACCUGGCUUCGCUCAAGACACUGGACCUGUCCAACAACCAGCUGACCGAGAUCCCUGCUGAACUGGCGGACUGCCCUAAGCUCAAGGAGAUCAACUUCCGAGGGAACAAGCUUCGGGACAAGCGCCUGGAGAAGAUGGUGGGAGGCUGCCAGACCAAAUCCAUCCUAGAGUACCUGCGUGCUGGUGGUCGCGGCGGUCGGGGCAAGGGCCGGCAGGAGGGCUCCGAGAAGGAGGACCGAAAGAAGAGGCGGGAGCAGCGGAAGCAGCGUCGGGAAAGCGGGGAGGUGGACGAGGAGGUCGCAGACUCAGCGCGGCUGAUGCUCAAGGUCUUGCACGUCUCCGAGAACCCCACAUCCCUGACGGUCAGGGUGAGCCCUGAGGUCAGGGACAUACGCCCAUACAUCGUCGGGGCCGUCGUGAGGGGCAUGGACCUGCAGCCAGGAAAUGCACUCCGGCGCUUCCUCAACUCUCAGACAAAGCUCCAUGAUGACCUCUGUGAGAAGAGAACAGCAGCGACCAUCGCCACCCACGACCUCCAGGCAGUGCGCGGGCCCCUGCUCUAUACAGCAUGGCCGCCCGAGGACCUCAAGAUCGUGCCCUUGGGGCGGAGAGAAGCCAAAGCCAAGGAGCUGGUGAAGCAGCUGCAGCUGGAGGCUGAGGAGCAGAGAAAGCAGAAGAAGCGGCAGAGCGUCUCAGGGCUGCACAGGUACCUUCAUUUGCUGGAUGGGAAGGAAAACUACCCUUGCCUUGUGGACGCCGAAGGAGAUGUGAUUUCUUUCCCUCCUAUAACUAACAGUGAGAAGACGAAGAUUAAGAAAACAACGUGCAACUUGUUCUUGGAAGUGACCAGCGCUACUAGCCUACAGCUCUGUAAAGACAUCAUGGACACCCUCAUUCUGAAAAUGGUGGAACUGAACAAAAGCACCUCAGAAAAUAAAGAGGAAGAGGCACUCUCGGAUACGGAACCUGGUGCCGGCUGUGGGCCUUCUGAUUCCAGCCUGGAUCCCAGAGCCGGGAAGGACGGACAGUGCCCCCUGGUGGUGGAGCAGGUCCGAGUGGUGGACCUGGAGGGGAGCUUGAAGGUGGUGUACCCAUCCAAGGCCGACCUGCUCACCACCCCUCCCUACGUGACUGUGGUUCGCUGACAGUCGAGGCGGCCCACCUGGCUUCACCGUGGCUCCUGUGGGUGUGCUGGCUUGUAGGUGUCUGUGCGGUUGUUCUCCAUGGUCCCUUUUCUCUGGGUGGUUGAAGGUGUCUGCUUUUGUCUAGGUGACUGUUGUAAAGGGAGCCGUGUUAUUGUCGCAACACUAAUGCGCUUCUCCUGUUCCCGUGGAUUAUUCAAUAACCGCUGGAGGUGUUCUGGAUCAUGUGGCAGGGAACCUGGGAAGGACACCGAGCUUGCUUUGACGUGCAGGUGCAAGUUCAGGUUAAGUGGCAGGCAUUCUAUUGAACAGUACUUGAUUUUCUACAACUCGUUAAUAGCAUUUUUUUUUAACACCACCUGUGCAGAGGCAGUUGGGAGCAUCAUGUUGCCGUCUUAAUGUUUUUAGCACGGUGCCACUGCUCUGCUCCCACAACUGUGCCCAGAACAGGAACCCUGGUCAUUGUUGGUACAUCCGCUCCUGGGCCACAGAGGUCACACCCACCUAGUCCCAUGUAGUCGACAGAUUUCUGUGAAUGGAUGGGAAGGCUGGUUUGUGGACUGUCGGCCAGUGGCGUGACAGGAAGCUGUGUGACACACAAGGCCCUCCCUACAGGGUUCCACGUCAGAGCCUUACUGUACACCACCGGCCUCUCUGUGUGUUGGCUUUUGUGCUCAUCACACACUCGCCAUCCCCGGAGCCCAAGUGCACGGUACAGAAGGGACUUAGUGGCCCCUUAGUGGCUGCAGAAGAGAACCAGGCCCUGUAGCCUGUCCGCUUGACACCAACCUCUCUUCGCUGGUCUUUGAUCUCAAAGGACAAUUUCUGUCUUCUGUUAAACAACAAUGGUUUGGGUUUUUUGUUUUGAGGCUGUGCUCAAGAGCCUUUAGUCGUCAGAACCAGCGAGGCCCUGGGUCCUUCGUGGCAGUGUUCCAGAGCUCGGUGAGGCAGGGAGCUGCCUUGUGACCACACAGUUGCUCAGAGGUCCCUUUGAGUGGCCAUGGCGCCAGCUCACCUAUUCCGUGUGGCUUCACCAAAGUCUGUAUCUUCUCCCACCCACCCCAGUCCCCGCUUUUCCCUCCAGCACAGCCCAUGUGUGGUAUUGAGAUUUUUGGAAAUGUUUUUACAAAUACAAGCAGAACGCUUCUUUGUUCUAAUAAAACUAAUCAAAACCCA